UAAUUGAUCCCACCACCACCACAGACAGCAACAAUAAGCACUCCAAUACAAAUAGACGCGCUCAUCCUCCAUUAUUCCACCAGCAGCAAUCAAUAAUCAUGCCUCUUUCGCCUGCUACCACUGCCACCUGCUUUACUACUUUUUCUUCUACUAAUAAAACCCAUCGCCUUCCUCCCGCCUCCGCCUCCGCCUCCGCCUCCGCCUCUUCUUAUCUUUCAGUAGUUCUUAAACCUCGGAGGUUUCAUUCCCUUAACGGAACAAAUACUGUCACAAACAAAUUCAACACUGCUAGUCGCCUGGGUUUCACCCUACCGUCCCAUUCCUCUGCUUGUCUAAUUGAUUCCACCCAAACAGCACCAUCAACUGAUUUUGCUCUUCAAAGCAAUGAAGCGACCAAGGAAAGAAUUAGGGAACUGUUCCAUAAAGUUGAAAUUUCUGUUUCUUCAUACGACACGGCGUGGGUGGCAAUGGUCCCUUCUCCACAUUCAGCUGAAGUCCCAUGUUUCCCUGAGUGCCUUGACUGGGUGUUGCAGAAUCAACUGGAAGAUGGAUCAUGGGCGCUUCCGCAUCACCGACCCUCAUUACUUAAAGAUGUUCUUUCGUCUACUUUGGCAUGUGUCCUUGCACUCCAAAAAUGGGGUGUCGGUGAAGAAUUAAUCAGCAGGGGGUUACGUUUUAUCGAGUUAAAUUUUUCUUCUGCAACUGACGAGGACCAAUAUUCUCCGAUUGGAUUUGAUGUCAUAUUCACUGGCAUGCUUGAAUAUGCUAAAGAGUUACCUCUGAAGCUUCAUUUAGAAUCAAGCGUGUUUAAUGAGCUGCUUCAUAAAAGGGAUAUCGAGCUCAAAAGAUUGUACAACAGCAGCUCAUUGGAGCUUAAUCCUUACCUCGCUUAUGUGUCAGAGGGAAUGGGAGAACUUCAAGACUGGAAGAUGGUUAUGAAAUAUCAAAGGAAGAAUGGAUCAUUGUUCAAUUCACCAUCUGCUACAGCUGCUUCUCUUGUUCACCUUUAUGAUUCUUGUUGCCUCAAUUACCUUCGCCAUGCAUUGGAAAAGUUUGGGAAUGCCGUUCCAGCUAUCUGUCCAAUAGAUAUACAUGGACGCCUUUGUAUGGUCGAUAAUCUCAAUAAAUUGGGUAUUUGUCGCCAUUUUGCUGAGGAAAUUCAGAGUGUACUGGAUGAAACUUACCGAUGUUGGCUGCAGGGGGAGGAAGAAAUCUUCACAAAUGCUUCCACUUGUGCCAUGUCAUUCAGGAUAUUGCGCGUAUAUGGAUACAAUGUCUCCUCUGAUCCUGUAGCUCAGUUUCUGGAGCAGGAGCACUGUGGUGGACAUUUGAAGGACAUAUAUACUACGUUGGAUUUGUAUCAAGCGUUAGAAAUGAUUAUUGCUACUGAUCAACCUGUUUCUAAGAAAUUGAACUCGUCCUUACAUUUUCUUAGACAGCGACUGGCAAGUGAGGUUUAUCCUCCAAGCAUACGUAUGAGACAGAUCCAUGAACAGGUGAAUGAUGUUCUCAAGUUUCCUUCUCAUGCGAAGUUAGAACGGAUAGCCAACAGGAGAAAUAUAGAGCACUAUGACAUAGAUAAUACAAGAGUCCUAAAAACUUCAUACUGUUCAUCAAAUUUUGGCAACAAAGAUUUCUUAACCCUGGCGGUAGAAGACUUCAACUUUUGCCAAUCUAUUCAUCGCAAAGAAUUAAAACAACUUGAGAGGUGGUUAAUACGAAACAGAUUGGACAAAUUGAAGUUUGCCAGAGAGAAGUCUGCAUACUGCUACUUUUCUGCUGCAGCCACAAUUUUUCAUCCUGAACUAUCUGAUGCCCGCAUGUCAUGGGCCAAGAAUGGUGUACUUACUACCGUGGUUGAUGACUUCUUUGAUGUUGGAGGUUCUAUGGAAGAAUUGAAUAACCUAAUUCAGUUGUUUAAGAAGUGGGAUGUAGAUAUUAGCACUGACUGCUGUUCGGAGAAAGUGGGCAUCAUAUUUUCAGCGCUUCACAGCACUAUUUGUGAGAUUGGAGAUGAGGCAUUUAAGUGGCAAACACGUAGUGUGACAAGAGACAUAACUGAUAUUUGGUCGAAUCUACUGAAUGCUAUGUUAAGAGAAGCUGAAUGGGCUAGAGAUAUGUCUGUGCCAACUAUGGACGAAUAUAUCGCCAAUGGUUAUGUAUCAUUUGCCUUAGGACCAAUUGUCCUCCCGGCACUUUAUUUUGUUGGGCCCAAGCUCCCAAAUGAUGUUGUGCAACACCCCGAAUACCACAGUCUAUUCAAGUUAAUGAGCACUUGCGGUCGCCUUCUUAAUGACAUCAGGAGUUUUGAGAGAGAGUCUAAGGAUGGAAAACUAAAUGCUGUAGCCUUGAGCGUCAUUCAUGGGAAUGGCAGCGUAAGUGAGGAAGCAGCCAUUGGAGAAUUGAGCCGUACAAUUGAAAUCAAAAGGAGAGAACUCCUGAACUUGGUUUUGCAAGGAGAGGGGCAAGGAGAGGGCAGCAUAGUUCCACGUGCUUGCAAGGAUUUGUUUUGGAAAAUGAGCAAAGUGCUGCAUCACUUUUACAUCAAGGACGAUGGUUUCAGUUCAAUGGGGAUGACCGAUACUGUGAAGGCAAUUAUUCAUGAACCUAUAACUCUUGAGUAAGGUGGACUGGGUAUUUUCUGAUCAACUGAGUGGAUAAAAUGGCCAAAAUAGUCUUUAAAGUUUAAGGGUUGGAUUACCUUAGUUCCCAAAUAAUCCUUGGCACCAUCCUUUUAGAUAGGGACUGAGUUCAGUUCCAGUUGUAGCAGCGAAGCUGUCAGCAAAGUAGUCUGCAGUUGGGGUUAGCAGAAACAUUGACUAAAUUCUGUUACGUUAACAAAAUAUGUUUGGUGGACUGAAGUUCUCUUAAUUUACAAACUUGGACAUUUUAUGUUCUAUGUAAUAUUUGAGGGACAUAGUUAAUUCAAUUCCUAAAUUAAUGGAUUAUCUUGCCCAUUUGCCUUUA